UCACUCGACCGCUCGACCGCUCUCCUCGAGUGACAUCAUGAAACGGAACGACAUGUUUUCAACCAAGCUUCGGAUCAAGCCGCACUGUUGGGUCAAGUACAAGAGAGCUCAAGACCCCGCAUCCGAUCGGGUUGACUAUCGAUAGGUCAUCUAUCGAUCGUAUGGUGUUGGUCGUCGAAAGUUCUGAUUGAUGUGAUCGUGUCAUACUGUACAAUCAAUCUUCUCCAGUGCACAACCUCCAAUCUUCGGUCAUACACAUCGACCUCUCUAGCUAGCUUUGCAAGCCCAAGCCCAACUCUAUCCACCAUCUUCUAGCUAUACAGUAGCCAGCUAGUUUGGGCACAAGCUAUCAAUUUCGUGAUGCCGCAACAGUCGUUGUUUCGAGGCUCGUUAGCUUCCACUUCGUCUCAGAACAAUGGCGGCGGUCUGCGAGGUCUCCGAUCCAGAUCCGCCUUGCCUCUCUGUACCAAAUGGCGCAUCUUGCAGUGGAUGAUGUUCCUGGGGUUACUGAUUGGUGUGGGAUUUGCCAUUCAUGCGAUGCAAAGCCAACAGGAAGAGAACAACUUUGAACAGGCGUUUCAAACAACAUCCGACCAAAUACUACUCGAUGCUGACCAGGCCAUUCAAAGGUCUGCUGCCCUGCUUGAAACGUUGGCUCUCUCCAUGGCCACCAGUGCUCGUGGUGAUACUAGCAGUAGCACCGAAAACAAUCGUCUCUCGUGGCCCUUGGUCACGGUGGAUCAUUUUGACCUGCUGGCGCAAAAUUACCAACAACAAUCUCAUGCCGCCGUGGUGGCAUAUGCACCCAUUGUCCGCAAUCCAACCGAAUGGCAAGAAUUUGCCACGCAACAAUUACCUCCCGGCAUUACCAAAUACGCCUUCAAGGUGGUAGAUGGAGUUCUAGUGCAAGAUUUUAGCACAUUCAUGACACCACUCUUUCAAGUUUUUCCCGGCAACGCCACCACGACCAGUAGCGGCUUCUCCAUGAUGAAUUUCAAUCUAUACGAGAUCCCGUGGCUACAAAAGCUCAUUUUGUCGGCUGCCGCCAACCAGCAGGCUGCAGUGUCGCAUAUCAUUCAAGACUUGGAUCAAGAUUUGCCAUUGCUAUUUCCACACUUGGCGCAAUCGGCAAUCUACGGCAAUGACACUUGGAGUGUUUGGGUGCAACCCAUCUUUGAGGACAAUACUCAUACUAAUAAUAACAACAACAACAAGCCAGAAGAAGAAGCAGGCGCGGUAGUGGUGGGAUACGUCUUGGCCCUGGUGCCAUGGGGACCCACAUUGUUUGGUCCGCAACGGACCGAGUCGGAGGGGUCCACGCUUUCCGUGUUGCAAGAGGGCGCACCCAACCAUACCACUUUUACGUACCACCUGGAUGGAACGAGCAUAUCGUAUUUGGGACCCGGAGAUUCCUGGGUGGAAACACAAGCGUACGGUGGGGGUGAAAUCAUGUCAAACAAAGAUGAUGACAAUUCCAGACGGCGUCUGCGGAGGCGGUCGUUGCAACAAGCGGUGGAGGAGGAGCCACCACAACAAUCUGCUCCGACCAAAGCCCCGUUUCAGAUACACGUCUACCCCACCAACGACUUUCACGAUUCGUACAGCAGCAGCUCGCCGGCAACGUUUACGGCCAUUGUCAUUGCACUUUUGGCAUUAGUGGCUCUGUGGUUUGCGCUAUGCCAAUACUGCCAUGACAAGGAAGUGCUCCGCCAAAUCAUCGCCUACGAAGCUUUGAAUGGGGUGGAUUGGGUUCGGGGACAGCAGCAACGAGAAAAGGGAUUGCCCGAAAACAAUAAACAACUCAUGAGAGCCUUCCUGGCCGAUCAAGAACAUCAAGCACCCACAGAUCGCGGCGUUCUGGAUGCCAGUUCAGGACGAUGGUCCGAAACCAACACAAACCCAAACAAUAUCAACGACAGUAGUGCAGCCGACCUGGACAAUCUGAGUAAUCACAGUUCCCAUCAUCCACAAGAAAACCUCGAAGUGUCACUGUUACCCGCUUUUCGGAACAGCAAACCCGUGGCCGAUUUGUUUCCCUCGGCUACGGUACUGUUUGCCGACAUUAAGGGCUUUACGCCAUGGUCCUCGGUGCGGUCGCCUGCCGAAGCAUUUUGUUUGUUGGAAUCGUUAUAUGAUACAUGGGAUAGGUUGGCACAAAAGCGUCGUGUCUUUCGCGUGGAAACGAUUGGGGAUUGCUAUACGGCCGUUUGUGGCCUUCCGGAGCGACGGCCCGACCAUGCUGUGGCUUUGUGUCACUACGCCCGCGGUUGCAUGAGGAGGUUCCGAGAGCUGACGAGAAUGCUGGAUACAAAGCUUGGGCCUGAGACCAGUGAGCUAGCUUUGCGUGUCGGGAUCAACAGUGGCCCGAUCAUGGCCGGGAUCUUGAGGGGUGGAGCCGGGUCGCAAUCGAGCAAAUUUCAGCUCUUUGGGGACACGGUCUCACUGGCUCAAAAGAUUGAACAUGGUGGAGCAGGCGGUAGGAUACACCUCUCCAAAGAGACGGCGGCUCAGUUGAGAGAGGCAGGGAAAGCCCAUUGGGUGCAAGAGAGGGAGGAUAGGAUGAUUACCAAGAAAGGAGAAUUAGUUACCUACUGGCUCGUUGACGACCUGGAAGAAGAACAGGCAGCAUUCAGUGGUGUGGGCGUGGGUCUGAAUGUACACGCCAACGACAUGCCCGAGCAGACACUUGGGAUAUCUGACGAUGAAACCAAGGCGAAGAUGACGCGCUUGAUUGGCUGGACCUAUGAGAUUAUGUUUCCUCUUUUGAAGAUGAUUGUAGCACGGCGUACUGCUGAAAAGGAACGCAAGGUGCUUACAGAGAAUCCCUCUGGUGUUGCCUGGUUGGAACGGGAAAUCGGGAGCACCAACAAUGUUCUGGACGAGGUUGAAGAAGUUAUAAGCCUCCCUCAUUAUGAUGCAAAGGUGCAGAAGAAGAUCAAGCCUGACAAUGUCGAACUGGAUUUUCAAGUGGAGGCACAACUGGAGGAGUACUUGACGGUUAUUGCGAACCUGUAUCACAGCAAUCCUUUCCACAACGUGUCUCACGCCAUGCACAUGACGCUGUCGGCGACGAAGAUGCUCAACCGUAUAGUUAGGCCUGAAGCAGUGAUUGAUCGCUCUUCUGGCAAGAAGAAGAAGCAGGUCGAUUCCGAGUUGCAUGACUACACGUAUGGGAUAAACAGUGACCCCCUUACACAAUUUGCUGUGAUUCUAGCUGCUUUGAUUCAUGACGUAGACCAUCGUGGAGUACCGAACAAUGUCCUUUGCAAGGAAGAACAAGAGCUAGCGGCUGUGUAUGACAACAAGAGUGUGGCUGAGCAGAACUCUGUUGACAUUGCUUGGGAGUGUCUCAUGGAUCCUCGCUUCAAGGAACUACGCAAAUGUAUAUAUGCCAACGAGGCUGAAUUGAGACGUUUCCGUGCCUUGCUGGUCAACUGUGUUAUGAGCACAGACAUAUUUGACAAGCAGCUCUCUGCUCUGAGAAAAGCAAGGUGGGAGAAAGCAUUUCAGGUCCGAGAUGAUCAAGCCACCCCAGAAGAAAUCAACCGGAAGGCAACAAUUGUUAUUGAGCAUUUGAUUCAAGCAUCUGAUGUGUCACACUGUAUGCAACACUGGCAUGUGUACCAACGAUGGAAUGAGCGCCUCUUCCAUGAAAUGUACCGAUCAUUCAGGCUUGGAAGGUCACCCAAAGACCCCUCCGAAGGCUGGUACAAGGGCGAAAUCUGGUUUUUCGACAAUUACGUGAUACCGCUGGCCAAGAAGCUCAAUCAAUGUGGGGUGUUUGGUGUCUCCAGCGAUGAAUAUUUGACCUACGCCCAGUCGAAUCGCAACGAGUGGGAAGAAAAAGGGCAACAACUGGUUGAUAAAAUGAUCAAGAAGUACAAAGCAAUGCUGGACGAAGAAGAGAAGAAGAAGGUUCGCAGAUCUAGGAGGUCAGCGAAACAAGCAUAGAAGGCAUAGAAUGGAAACAUCUGUAAAACUAGAGCUACAAGCAGCUACCUGAAUAGAAGCAAGAGUGGGGUGGAACACCAUCUAGCUAGCUCGCCACGAGCGUUAAGCUGUCAUGAUUACACAGGAGAACGUUCACCCCUUGGCUACAUGGCACAGUCAGUUUUCAAACUUAAUAGUUAUUUGAUGAUGUGAGUC